GUUUCCGGUUAUUCAAUUUCAGCAGCACAUGUUUACAUCAACCAAUGUCAGUUUAUCAUGGUGCUUUAUGGCGUGAAGUUUAAGUAAAACCACUCAAUACAUGAAAUGCAGACGAGUGAAUAAAAUGUUGAAAUCCAGAAAGAUUUUUAUAUGUAUAGCAGUCGUUGGCAUUGUAGUACCACUGGUGUUUUUGAGCCAAACUGCAAGACACAGUUCCAGCCACAGACAAGGUCCCAAAACAAAGGUUGUUGCUAGAUUCCGUGACAAUGUUUUGGGAAGCAAGUCAUCAGUCGUAACUUCACAGAACACCAACAUUCCUGCAAAUGUUAUACAGAAAGAGAGAUUAGCGACACUGCAGCAGGGCUGCCACCAGCUAGAGAGUGAAGGCGUGGUUCCCAACAGUGUCAUCGCCAGCCAGCUCGGUCAUAUCCUGGUGGACGAUACAUAUCAAGUCAUGUUCUGUUACAUUCCUAAGGUCGCCUGUACCAAUAUGAAACGGGUAUUUCUUCUCCUCACGGGUACAAUGAACACGACAAAUCCCCUCGAUAUCAAAAGCAAUGAUGUGCAUUUUACAUAUGAUAAACAUUUGAAGUAUCUUAGUGAUUACAGUUCUGAAGUAGAGAUCAACUACAGAAUAAAAAGUUACAAAAAAAUUAUAUUUGUACGAGAACCAUUAGAAAGACUGUUAUCUGCUUAUAGAAAUAAGUUUAUGGAGAAGAGUGAAUACUUUCAUAGGAGGUUUGGUCGAAGAAUAAUCAAGAGAUACAGGGAGAAUCCAUCUGUAUCUUCUGUUGAGCUGGGAAACGAUGUGCAAUUUAUAGAGUUUAUCAGGUACAUUACGGACUCCAGCACCCUUAGGAGGGAAGGUUACAACGAACACUGGGCUCACUACUCCGGUCUGUGUCAUCCAUGUCUAAUCAGGUACGACUACAUCGGCAAGUAUGAAACCAUUGACCAGGACAUUGACCAGAUCCUCCGCGACCUCCACAUAGACCAAAUCAUCAAGUUUCCCGCUCGAGGAGCCACCUACAAACGGAAAAAAACUAAAGACACGAUGGCAGAUUUCUAUGGAAAGAUUCCACCACCUCAUUUAAGGUUGCUGUGGAAAAUAUAUGUAAAUGAUUACAAACUGUUUGGUUAUCCUUAUCCAGAGGUAUUGCAACAGUUUCUUUCAGAUCCAGGUCAAACAUGAUGGGUACAUAGCAUUGUAAACAGCCACUCAUGAUCAGAUAUUCAGUUGAGUCUGGUUCUUUACAUCUUAUAUCCAGUCUUAUAUCCAGUCUUAAAAAUGUUUUACUUUUUGCCUUGAAAAUACCAACUGGUUCUUCUGUGAUUUUUGUACACUCUUAUCAAUAUUUUGUUUUAAAUUUAUUGGAAGUUUUUUCUGCUUAAGAAAUCCACAAUACUUGUUAAUAGCAAGCUAUCAACACUCCCUCAUUUUGACCAAAAUUUACCAAUCUUCCUUCAAACUCCCUUAUUCAUGUCAAAACUCACACAAACUCAAAAUCCACAUUGUGUGGUCAAAAAAUCUCCUAGUUACUGCAGGGUGUGUACUGAUCAUAACAGGUGUGUCUGAAUCAAAUGAAUGAUUUUUGGAGUUAUUUUGAAACAUAAAAAGGGAAAGAUCAAUUGAGCAAAGUAGUUUUAGUCGUGUUUCACGCACUUUCUCCUUCAUUGGAAAUGUGGAAUGAGGGAGAUCUCCUUCAUUGGAAGUUUUGGAGGUUGACACCUAUGUGUAAAAAUUACAAAGUUUCAGACAUGGUGUUUGUGUCAUUUUGAAAGCGAUUAUCUCCCUUCCAUUGGUAAAUUAUUGGUAAAUAGUUUACUGCAAUCUAGGACUAUUUUUAUAGAAGUUCAACAGAAAUUUUCUAUUAAGUCUUUACCAACUUGGCCAAACAGGAAUUUUGUUUACAACAUUUAUAUUUUCGGUUGGAAAAGAUUGAAAAUUGCACAUGUUUUUGAAAGGUAUUUAUAUUAUAAAAUUCAGGGUUUACAUAUAAGGAUAUAUCAUAAUAAAAAAGUUUUGUUUUUGAAAGCAAUUAAUAAAAAAAACCAGCAUAAAUGUUCAUCAUGAUUCUGAAGUAUGCAUAUAGUAACAAUUGGAAAAUAAUUAUUGUUCAAAAUACCUCAUCUUCAAACUUGUUGUAAAUUAAUGAAGAAUAUUUCAUAUAUUUUAAAGAUUUUUCCCAGUAAAGAAAACAAUUGCUUUUCAGUAUUAAAAUGUAAUUGUGUGGGGUGAAAUAUUCACAGUUUUGUAGCUUAAACAAAUAAGUUGAUAGUCAAAGGUCCCAGCUAAUUCCGUUUUGGAAGAGCAACACAUUUUCAGGGUUUAAAUUUUUUAUGUAUUUUUUAACAAAUCAAUAAAUCUAAAACCUAUGUAAAGAAUAGUGCAUAUAUAGAGUAUACACUCAGGAGAAAUAAAAUCAUGAAUGUGUUCGUCGAAGAGUUUGUCUUCCCUUGAGAAUUUCUGACCAGUGUAUUCUCAAAAACCUCUAUAACUGUAAUGCCUGUGAUCAUAUGUUUAAGCUGUAUCUUUUAUACUUUGAAUCUUGAAGUGUAUAUUAUAUAUUUAUCAUAAUUUCCAGUAGCCAUGUUGAGGUAAUUUUUAUCAUUAUCCUAAUGCCAAAUGAGAUUUUUUGUAACAUUUCGACCCUUUUUGCAGUUUUAUUGCUUGUGAUAGUGUAAAGAUUUCGCAAGUAGCAUUCAAUUAUGUAAUUUGUUGGUGUGGUCAAACCUCAGUUAUAAUCUGUAAACUUGUUGUAUUCCUUUUUUUACAAUAAUGUACAUGAAUGUUACAUGAUAUGAUUUGAGAUCCUGAUUUCUAUUUAUUUCAAGGUAAUAUUCAUAUAUUAGACUGCUAGGAAGAAAAGUAAUGUUAUUUUUCUAUAUGAAAAUAUGAAAUUCAUUAUACUUUAACAAAGUAUAUUUUUUGUGUGAGUGAGUGAUUUUACUAUUUUCCUAUUUUUGCUAUGGUCUAGUUGCUGCAAAGUUCCUAUGCUAGGAAAAAAGACUUGAGUUGAUUUGUUUAAAACAAUAUUUUUCAUGUUUGUAACUUCUAAAGUAUUGAGCCAAAGCAGUAUUGUGGUUGGAUCUAAAAAAAAGAAUAAGAAACUUGAGGAGUCCAGUACCUUUUUAUAUGAUAAGUAAGUAAUUUUUAGCCCACCAUCAUCAGAUGAUGGGCUAUUCAAAUCACCCUGCAUCCGUGGUCUGUCGUCCGUC